GAGAUCUGUUUCAGCAGCAGGAGGUUAAAUCACGAUUGGUCAGAGGUUGCAGAAGGUUUAAGAAGUGGGAUCUUGCGAUUGAGCUAAAAGAGAACUAAAGCGUUAGGGGGUUAGGGUUAAAGAAAAAAAGGGCAGAUUGUUUAACAGUGUAUUAAAGUUUAGGAAAUGUUGUCCAAAGUUAUCUCAGCUGCAUAUUUAAUGCUGUGGAUCAGCUCUUGUGCCGCGGCUGAGGAUCCAUACAUGACCAGAGCUCUGCAGCUGAUGUCUGAGACCCCACUCAUUGACGGCCAUAAUGACCUGCCUUGGCAGCUUCGAAUGCAAUUCAACAACGAGCUCAACAAAGUGGAUCUUAACACGCUGGAUACAACCCACACCAACAUCCCAAAGAUCAAGGAGGGACGACUGGGAGCGCAAUUCUGGUCUGCAUAUGUUCCCUGUGAGAGUCAGUACAAAGAUGCUGUCAGACAAACACUGGAGCAGAUAGACGUGGUUCACAGGAUGUGUCAAAAAUACCCAGAAACCUUCAUGUUUGCCACUAGUAGCCAUGACAUCAUGACGGCCUUCAGCAUGAACAAGACAGCCAGUCUGAUCGGGGUGGAGGGGGGUCACUCCCUGGACAGCAGUCUGGGAACCCUACGCCUCAUGUACCAGCUGGGGGUCCGCUACCUCACACUCACACACUCCUGCAACACACCCUGGGCGGAUAACUGGCUUGUCGACACUGGAGCGGAUCCAUCUGAACACAACGGUCUAUCUGCAUUUGGCAAGCAACUAAUAGCUGAGAUGAACCGCCUGGGCAUGCUGAUCGAUCUGGCUCACGUGACUCAGGCUGUGAUGCACCAGGUGCUCGACAUGUCGGCAGCCCCCGUCAUCUUCAGCCACUCCUCCGCCUACAGCGUGUGUCCUCACAAGAGGAACGUCCCCGAUGAUGUUCUCAGGAGAGUGAACGAGACCAGAGGAAUCGUCAUGGUGAACUUCUACAACGACUACGUGACCUGCAGCAAGACCGCUAACCUCUCAGAUGUUGCAGAUCACUUUGACCAUAUAAAGAAAGUGGGCGGGGCGGGCAUCGUUGGCUUUGGUGGAGAUUAUGAUGGGGUCGGAAGACUGCCCGAGGGUCUGGAGGACGUGUCCAAGGUGCCCAAAGUGGUGGCUGAGCUGCUGAGGAGAGGCUGGAGCGAUGUGGACGUCAAAGCUGCUCUGGGAAACAACCUGCUCCGAGUCCUGAGCAACACUGAGGGGGUGCGUGAUGGUCUGAGAGACAAGAGUCCAGAUGAUGUUCCUAUUCCAUACGACGAGGUGAAGAAUACUUGCAGGACGAGCUACGGCUACCAGACCCUGAACACUGGAGCCGUGCACUCCCUCAGCACACUGGGCCUCCUGCUCACACUGGCCCUCCAUGCUGUUAUAACAUGAUCAAAUUCAUAAGCUAUGUUUUAAUACACACACACGUUCCAAAUAUAGUAGAGUCCACUAAUAGCACUAAUUGCUUACAUAAUGGAAAUUAAGAGUAUUCUGCUUUGUCCUGAAGAUCUGUGUGCUACCUUUUAACCUUUGGAUAUUAAACCCUGAACUUUAGGAAUGUAGGUUUAGCACCUAGAAAAUAAUGGGAAGGUGUAUCAUAUCGAAUUUACCAUUUAACUGGAUUUAAACAUUGUUGUGGUUCUUUUCACGUUAACUUUACCUUGCAUCAUCUGGUUGUUUUAUCCUACUUUACCACUGUGAGAUUGAAGCUGCUGUGGGCAAAUAGAACUGUGUCUGGACAAUAACAUGUUGACAAAGUCUCACCAUUAUAUUCCAAAUACAUACACACUUACUCUCGCACACAGACAACCAUAUUCCUUAACAUCAGUGUGCUUACAAUUAACCAGGAAGUAGUACAGUACGUGUCCACAGCUCCAUCUAGUGUUCUUAGUGUGUAACCACCGAAGAGAUUAAAAUGUUGGUGAUUUGCAUGUUUUCAAUUUAAUUUACACAUUACAUACACAGGAGCAUUUGACUUGAUGGCAUGAUGGAUGAAAA